AUGGCGACUCCGCCUCCCGAGGCACCUCCAGUUCCAAUGGAGGACAAGCCACAGCUUCCUCCGUCUCCCACUGGUCUCUCUGCGCCUGAUGUCGCGCCUGCCAGUGUCCAAGAUGCAGUAGUCCCCAAAUCCGAUAGCGCCGCCAAUACCGAGGCCAAAUCUCCUGCGCUGAACGGCCACGGUCCCGCGCCAUCAAUUACCAACGGCACAAGCACCGCUGCAUCCCCUCCUAAAUCCCCCGCCCCUGCGCCUGCCGACCACGCCUCACAAGAGGACAAGACACCUACUGCCGAAUCUGCCACUCCCGCGGAGACCCAGCAGACUGACAGCAAGGAUCCAGUGUUGUCUCAGGACACAGCUCCUGCAGCUCCUCCUGCCGCCGAUGUCGGUACUGAGAAGGCCGCUUCUCCCACUCUACAGGUUCCAGCUGCUGCGCCCACCACUGGUGCGACUGACGGCGCGAGUGACAAAAUGGCUGUCGAUACCCCACAGAGUGUCUCAACUGCUGUGAAGACCGAACUUCCUCACCACCCUACCCCGGAUCUUACCCACCCUUCUCAUCCAGCUGCGCCCGCCGACCAGGAGAUGAAGGAUGCGCCGGAACCUCCGAUGUCUCCUUCCAAAAUCUCCAGACAACGCGACGCGGACCUCAGCGAGGAGCCAGCCGCAAAGCGCACCAAGGUUGAUGGCGAGGACACUGGACCGCUAGAGUUCAAGGCCUCCGAUUUCCACACUCCAACCACUACAACCAAGGCUCCCGCCGACUCCCAAUCCCAAGGUUCCACUUACACCGGCCAGAAUGGACUCACUAAGAUGCAACACAGAUUCAUCUCCAAGACUCUCACCAACCUUAAGCGCCUGCACGACUCGCGCUUCUACCGCGAGCCUGUGGAUCCCAUCAAAUUGAAUAUCCCGCAGUAUCACACUAUUAUCACCCAACCCAUGGACCUGCAAACCAUGGACAGGAAAUUGAAGACUAGCCAAUAUUCCUCCCCCCAGGCUGUCUUGGAGGACUUUGCUCUCAUGGUCCAAAACACGACCAUCUUCAAUGGCCCUGACCACCUGGUCACUCAAGAGGGUAUCAAGCUGAAGGGGACCUUUGAGAAGCUCAUGGCCAAUUGCCCCAAGCCCGAAGACGUCGAAGAAAAGAAGCCCAAGAAGCUGACUGAGAAGACCUCGGCUGCCCGCCGGGAGCCCCGGACUUCGCUGGGAAGCACCAAGGCUGCGUCUCCCCAGGCUCAGACCUUUGCACUGGGACCAGAGGGACUGCCUGUCAUUCGCCGUGAUUCUUCUAACCCUGAUGGUCGCCCAAAGCGCUCGAUCCACCCCCCGAAGCGCGAUCUGCCCUACUCAACCAAGCCCAAGAAGAAGAAGUUCCAGUGGGAGCUUCGUUUCUGCCAGGAAGUUAUGGAUGAGCUGUACAAACAGAAGCACUACAACUGGAUCAUGCCAUUCUACUACCCGGUCGACCCAGUGGCUCUGAACAUCCCCACUUAUCACAGCGUGAUCAAGAAGCCCAUGGAUCUGUCCACCGUCCAGUCCAAGUUGAAGACUGGUCAAUACGAGAACGCCAAGGAGUUUGAAACCGAUGUUCGCCUCAUUUUUAAGAAUUGCUUCCGAUUCAACAUUCCUGGUGAUCCCACCUAUGUGUGCGGCCAGCGAGCCGAAGAGAUCUUCAACCAGAAGUGGGCCCAGAAGUCGGAUUAUCUCGAUGCGCACGAACCCCAACAAGAGCAGAACAGCGAUUACUCCGAUGAGGAUAGUGACGAGGAUGCAGAGGAGAGCGAGGAAGAUGACGAGAAACUUACUUUGCUCCAGAAGCAGAUCGCUGAGAUGUCCCGCCAGGUUGAGGCUAUUACCAAUAAGAAGAAGAAGACACCCCCAUCGUCUAAGAAGGCUGGAAAGGCAAAGUCAUCCAAGAAAGAUUCCCGCAAGAGCACCUCCGGAAAGCGGGACAAGAAGGUCAAGAGUGCUAAGCCCGAACGCACUCGCCCUGUCACCUACGCUGAAAAGCAGCUCAUCUCCCAGGGCAUCAGUAGUCUUCCAGACAAGAAGAUGCAGGAUGCCCUGCAGCUGAUCCAGAACAAUGUUCCUCAACUCAAGGGUACCAACGAAGCCGAGAUUGAGCUCGACAUUGAUGAGCUUCCUAACAACGUCCUCUUCUUGCUCCUGAGCUUUGUCAAGAAGAACGUGCCUGGUCUCGGCGAUGACCUCGAAGAGGAGUACACCCCUGCCAGCAGCAACGUUGCGCAGCCCAAGCCCAAGAAGAACAAACCAAUGAGCAAGUUUGAGCAGGAGGCUCAGAUUAACAUGCUCCAGAACAAUCUUUCCCGGUUCCAGGGUGGUGGCGGCCACUCCCCUGAGCCCAUGCCUUCGGUUGAACACAAUGAAAGCAGCGACGAUGAUUCGGACUCCUCCGAGGAAGAGAGCGAGGAGGAGUAG